ACGUGAGCAUGUGUUGGUGUUUGGAAGUGAAACCGCCCCUAAACUGAUAUUAUCGACAGGCUAAGUGAUGACCAACGUAGUUUUUACUGAGAAACUCAACCAAGGAGAGGAAACGUCAUCAACACAGUUCUAGUUCUGUGCCAAAGACAGAGAAUGGCUCCACUUCUGUUUCUCCUCAUUUUGUUGCCUACAAUUGAAGCGUAUCUGGAGAGAAUACAUCUCUUCCACACACGUGGUGACGAAGCCGUUCUGCCCUGUAACAUCGUAUCUUCAUCUACAAGGUGCUCCAUGGUUACAUGGAUGUUCAACCGUGCUCAGAAGGAGAGCCCUGUUAUUGUGCACAGUGUACUUGGCAGUAUCCCGGGUGUGAGUCUGGACACUAACUGUUCUCUGCUCAUCACCAACGUCAGCGAUGAAGAUGCUGGUCGGUACUUCUGUGAGCUGAAGAACAGUCAUCAUCAAAAAGCCUUACCUGUGAUUCUCACUGUUUUCACCGUCUCUUGGUUCCCAGCAGACGGUGGCGUGGUGAUCGAGUGCGCUCUGGAAAGACCCUUUUUGUUCAGCUCCUGUGUGGACAGGAGGUUCCGUUGGCUGGAUAAAGGGACGGGGGCUGUGCUGUCAGGGGAAGACGUCUCGUUCAACAACAUAGUGGACAGAUGUGUCUCCUCUCUCCAUGUGGACAGACGCCACAACACGAGUUACACCUGCCAGUAUGUUGAUGGGUACAUGCAGGUACAGAUACAGGCCGACUACACACCGGCUGCCAAAGGUUCCUCAGAGUCCUCCGGUUCCUCGGGCUGGACUCCUCUGAGCUACGUCAUGUUGACUCUGCGUGUUGCAGGACUGAUCCUCUUGAUCACAAUCACUGCUGUUAUCAUCAGAGACAGAGGAAACAAAAAGCCGCUGGAAGACGACAAAUCUUAGUCAAACUAAGAUUUCUGCCUCCUGGUUGUUUCUGGAUCAUUUGGUCAAAAUCUGUGUCGUCAAGGAGUUUGACCUGAAGCAGAUCCAGCUCCGUGUGGCGUCUCUACACCAUCGUAUCUACAAAUGUUCAUGUCAUCUAUAUACAGCCUCGACAUGUAUAAAAGUAUAUAUGCAAUAAUUGAACCUGUGAAUCAAAGAAAUGUGCUGUAUAAUUUAAAUUACUUUACAAACAUGAAUAAUAACAUGGUUAUUAUCACUUGACAUGUGCUGUUUUAUAAAUAAAGUUGACAUUGAGAUGGAUCCAGGAUAAGUUGA